AUGCCCAUUGGGCCGAGAACGAAUUAUCAGCAAAAUAAGCCCACCAGAGGUCUCGUAUUUGGCCCAGUUAGUCAUGAAGUGGACCGCUCGUCUUCUGGUAAGAGAUUACGGGUAGAAGGAGAAAAUGUUGGCCGACAAGGAGGUUCUUUUGGCAAUGGUAUCGAGGGUGAAGUUAUGAAGUCAAGCUUGGUUACGAGUACGACGGAGGCUGCGAUGAGCUCAGAACUAGAACGGAUCGAAUUGGUGAACCAAGUAGCAAAUGGGGAACGAACUGAGCAACCAACUUCAUCGGAUGGGAUGGAAUCGGUGGUUGCAUAA